GUGAUUUUAAAGGGGCACUUGUAGGCGGUGUCUGGAUAAAUUCUGAAACUCGGCACCCAAACCGUGAAGAUUAAAAUGAAUUACAAGAUAACAAACACCUGGAAUGGAUCGGAGAUGGACCACCCAUCUGUACAGCUAACUCUCCAAGCUGUUAAGGAUGGGGUUGAGUUGAGGGUUACCGCCCCUUUUUUCAACGACCCCGGGAAUCCUGGAGGAGAACCCGGAAAACCAUUUCCAAAUUUAUGGGACUAUGAAGUGGUGGAGGCGUUUUUCUUGAACGAUGAAAACCAGUAUUUAGAGGUUGAACUUUGCCCGCAUGGUCAACACAUUGUAUUAUUGUUAAAAGGAUGCAGGGAUUGUUUUGCGGACUUGCUGCCAAUGAAAUAUACUUCAGCCAUUAAAGGCGACACAUGGGAGGGAACAGCUUUAAUACCUAUGUCUUACUUUCCUCCCAAAGUCUCCAAAUUUAACGCGUACGCAAUACACGGAUCAGGGUCUACAAGAACCUACGAAGCGCUGUAUCCUGCUCCUAAAGACAAACACACCGAUCCCGACUUUCACAGACUUGAAUAUUUCCAGCAGAUAGACUUUCAGACAUUUCUUCCACAGAACUGGGCGAGUGAUUACUUUUCAAAAGAGUGGAAACAAGUCUUACACUCAACAGUAUAACUAAUAAAUUUUUAAUACUUC